AUGUCAAGAAGAAAUACCCGUCGAGUCGAAGUGGAGCAAGAAUUCAAUAUUAUUGAUUUGUUGGAUAGAAUGAAAGUUUUAUGGGAGGAGCCAAAAAAUAAUAAACAAAUGUUUGUGAAUAUAAUUGAAAAAAUGAUUAAUGAAAUUGUAAAUCAUCAUUUGAAGUUAAAACGUCAGAAUUGGUUAGAUGUUGAAUUAUCAGAUCCAAAAAUGAAAUUUCAGAUUCUUAAAGAUUGUUCAUUGGCAACUAAAAAAAGAGUUCCUAAUCUUGAAUUGAAUAACAUAAGAACAACUAAAGAUGUACUAGACUUUUUUGUUAAAAAAGAACAACCAGAUCCAAGAACUAUUCAUCCAGUUGCAGACUGGUUUAUGAAUCAAGAUAAAUUACCUCCAAAUAUUAAUUUUGUUCCUUAUUUCAAACAAUUGGGUGAAAAAAGAUUUGAUCGUGUUAAACUUCAAAAAAAAAUAAAAGAUUGA